GUCCGGCACUCCCUGUGAUGGAUGGUUUGCUUUUGAUGCUAUUCUGGUUCUGAGCUCUUACCUGGAGCGGAUCAUUGAGCUCAUCUCUGGUGAGUCGGCAGAGCAACUGAUGCUCCUCCGACUUUUGCGCUUGUUCCGUUUGGUGCGCACCUUCCGCAUGGUGAAACAGGUACGGCCUUUGUGGCGGCUGGUGCAUGGGCUGAUGACCUCCCUGGACACGGUGCUUUCCACCUUCCUUCUCUUGGGCCUGGUGCUCUACGUCUUUGGGGUCCUGGGCGUGGAGCUUAUCGCCACAAGCGACAGCUUCAAAAGCGACCCGGUGACUAACGCGAUCCUCGAGAGCAAUUUCAGUUCUCUGGGCUUCACGAUGAUCACCUUAGCCCAGUUUGUGACCCUGGACUCCAUCGCGGCUCUCUACUUCCCCUUGGUGAGGGUCCAGCCCUGGCUGAUGCUCUACUUCGCCUCCUUGAUCGCCAUCGUCUCCAUCUCCGUCAUGAAUCUGGUGCCUGGGGGUUUCGGGGUUUGGCUCAAGCGUUUGGGCCAGUUUGGGUUUAACUUCCAGGAGAGGAUGCGCAGCGCCAACACUCAGCAGAUGCUCCCGGAGAUCUUGGAGCUCUUCGACCGCGCGGACGAGGACGGAAGUGGCGAGCUUGCCAUCGACGAGAUGCGCCGUUUUGAAGAAGCAGGCCAUGUUCCCGAGCAAAUCCUGGAUCGGGCUUCCGUGAGCAGCAUGACAGAGCUCUUCAAUGUCUUGGAUGUGGACAAGUCCGGCGUCGUGACCCGUGAAGAGUUCGCAGAGGGGCUCCUGGACAUCUUGCUCCGAGACGUUUCUGUCUCCUCCCUGCAGCAAAUGAAGAUUCUUGGACAAGAUUCCAGCAGAAAUACCUGUUAA